UCAUUUUUCCGUUGCUAAAUAAUUUGCAAAGUAAACGGUAAUGGCGGAAGUACAUGUUAUUGGCGAAAUAAUCGGUGCAAGCGGGUUUCCCUCGCAUAAUCUAUACUGCAAAUGGUCUGUUCAUGUUGACGGUCUGUGGAAACUUUUAGCUGGACAAAAAGAGGGCCAGACGCAAGUGGACAACCCACAGAGCGAAGAUUGUGCGCGAUGGUGCCAUCCAAUAGACUUACAUUUUGCCACAAAAGGGCUCAAAGGAUGGCCCAAGUUCCAUUUUCAAGUGUGGCACCAAGACUCUAAUGGACGAAACGAGAUUUAUGGCUAUGGUUACUGCCAUGUGCCAACGUCCCCUGGAACUCACAAUGUUGAUUGCGUGACAUGGCGACCUAUAAGUUCAAGCAAAUCUGAACAGCUUCGUAGCUUUUUUGUCGGCGGUGCACCACAGUUAAAAACUUCCGAUGUCAUCUACACUGGUGGAGACCGAUAUAAAUUAAGAACGAUCGCCAUGGGUUCGGUACAUUUGCAGUUAGGCGUGAUAACAAGAAACUUUGACAAGUUUGGGGUCGAAUGUUAGCAGAAAUAUUUCAACAUUUGUAAUUUUUAUGUUUUAAAAACAAA